AUGGAGAUUGACGUUCAUCAAAUUGAGAAAAUUUUAGAGCAUAUGGGAUACGAAGGAACUUUUCCUCCUACAAUCAAAAAGCUGCUUCCUCCAUGCUGGAAGCUUUUGGCUCAUGUGUUCGUGAGUUGCGUUUCUAGCCGGAGAUCAGGAGCUAACGAGAUUUCUCUAGCCAAUACUGGUGCCAUUACUGCAUUGGCAGCAGUGGAGGAGAUUCAUCACUCUCCCACAGCUUGUGUAGCUGAUGAGCAUGAUUAUCAGAAAGCAAAUGAUUCAAAAUCUUCUCGAGGGGACGAUGACGAUGAUCUUUAUGAAGAUGUAGACCGUGUAAAUAAAGUCAAUGAACUUGCUUCUCUAGCAAACAAGACUAGAGAUGAAGGAAAUUUUCUCAAAAUUUCGCUCUCUACCUCAAAGCCCUUGGAAAUCACAGCAAGCCAAGGAGAUGUGACAUCAGAGAUUCCUCCCUCUGUGUCACAUGUCUCAACAUCAACUCCAGUCAUUUCUAUGUUAUCUGAACCUCAGACUUCUCAGACCUCCAUAAGAACAAGCCAAUCUCCUGAAAGUCUGGAGGUACCCUCUGUAAAAUGUGCUCCUCAAAUUAUUUCAACAAUCAAUGCAACCUUUGCUCACUCUUCUUCAAAGCAGACUGAUGAAGGUCCAAGCACCAUGUUCGAUACUGGUGGAUCCUCUUCUAUUCUAGAAUAUUCUCCAACACGAUCUUCUCUUGAUGAAGCUUCUAUCCGAUUAGUAAAACAUCUGGGUCAAUCUAGUCCAACCUCUUCACGCGGAAAAGGAAUGUCAUUUAACGAGGGUCGGACAGAUGAUGACAAAUCCUCUUCAUCUAAUCUUCGAGAAGAAAUUGGAAUUCUGUGUCAAUAG